GUUAUGUCAGGCUAUGUUAUAUCAUGUUUAGUCAGGUUAUGCCAUGUUAUGUCAGGUUAUGUAAGGUUAUGUCAUGUUAUGUCAGGUUGUGUCAGGUUGCGUCAUGUUAUGUCAUGCUAUGUUAUGCUAUGUUAUGUUAUAUCAUGCUAUGUCAUGUUAUGUAAGGUAAUGUCAUGUUAUGUCAGGCUAUGUCAUGUUAU